UUGUCAGGAAUUGAAAAGGGAAAAAUUUACGUUACUGGGGGGUGCCAAUACGUGUCAUUUCGCAACAGUUUCACCAGCGGAACACCUGUAAGAGUGUUCGUCUCGGUAAAUCACGGAAACGAAUCAUUUGAAGUUCAUAGUACUACUUUAGUGUGGGUUGAAGAUGUGUCAACGAGCCGUUUCAGAGCCUGUGUUGUGAGGGGAGACCAAGGAUCUGAUGGAAACAUCACCAUUGAUUGGUUUGCAUUCCAAGGUUCGCAGUCAGGAGUUGAACACGGCGAAACUAGAUUUACCUUAUUUACCACUGGUACAAAAUGUAGAAAAGUCACGUUCUAUCAGGUAAAGUCAAUGUUUGUUAAGUCGGCUGUUCAGUCGGGAGUAAAGCUCUGAAUAAAAGGGUUCAGUACUACUUUAGUUUCUGAAUCCUGCUCAUUUUGCAAAUAUCGGGUUUUACAACUGUUCCGCUCUUGUGCAUUUAUAUAUCGUAGUUUUAGGAGUAAUAUCGGGUGCAAUAAGAUUUUAACUAAAAAAUAAUAUGUCCAGCGGUUUAUCUGAAAUAGUGUUGGCUUUUCGCAGAAACAAUGGAAAUGGUGAAAACGCAGUGCUUUGUUUCGGUGGCGAUGUGAUGAGCAAAACAUUGAAAAACAAUGUAAAACAUUAAUCUCAAUUUUAUUUUAGGUCUUUUCAUCAAUUCCUAAAAUUCAAGUGACUGUCAAACAUGGAACCCUGGAUCAAAUGAAGGACGCAAUGAAUGUGUGGAUAGAAAGCAUUUCAAGAAGCCAAUUUGAAGUUUGCUUGCGGGAGUCACGGACAUUUGGUGGAGCUCAUAACGGCCUUGUCGUGGUACAUGUUACUUUAAUUUUGAACGAUUUUAAUCUAUUUUUUUAAGUGAUUGAAAUAACCGUGUACAGUCGCCGCCUCUUCUCAGAACAGAUCUCUCGGUUUGAUUGCAAUCAGCAUAUGCUCAAAGGGAAUGGUAGCCUAUUAUUGCAUAUUAUUGUUAUUAUUUUACAUCAUUAUUAUUCUUAUUAUACUACUACAUGAGAAAUUUCUGCAAUUUGAUUGGCUUAGAGCAGUGGUAUUUCAGCUUAAUUUGAAAUACCUACAUGUGAAAAUUACAAACCUUUUGUGAGUAGUAGUAUAAACAAAUAAUAGCAUGAUUUGUACGUGAUAUUUGGCAUAAAUACCACUUGUGAUAUUUCAAAAUUGUCUCAAAUUUCACUCGCUUAAAGGGCUUGUGAAAUUUCGUAUAACGUACAAUUUUGAACUAUCACUCGUAGUAUUACCUAUACUUAGUAGUAGAAGUAGCGGUAGUAGUAUCAUAAUAUAGUAUUAUUAUUAUCAUUAUUAUCAUUAAUAUUAGUAAUGGUAACAGGACUGAGUGGAGUCCAAUUCGGUCUGUAAUCAUACGAGUGAUUAACAACAUUGGACGACCGCGUAGCGGGAGUCCGAUUUGUUUAAUCACGAGUAUCAUUACAGACCGAAUUGGACGACACGAUGUUCUGUUACCAAUUAAUCAUAACUUUAACAAAAUUUGUGAUAUAAUAAGCUAUAAUUUUAAAUCAAAACACAAGAAAUUCGAAAUUUUGUUUCGCUAGCAGUGAAAAAAGCCAUUUAAGCGCGCGCGUGAUGGCGCGUACUGUCCAAUUACUUAGGCAUGACGCGUACUGUCCUAUUAAACUGCCCAAUUAAGGCUGAAACCAGGGCAGUUGAUAGCCAAUCAGAUUUGACAAUUUUGUUAUAGUUAUGAUUAUGAUUAUGAUGAUGAUGAUAAUGAUGAUGAUCAUGAUCAUGAUCAUGAUCAUGAUGAUGACUAUUAUUAUUAUUAUUUAUUCUUUAGAACUGGAUGGCAUACAAAACGUUUCCCCCUUCAUGGGAAGCUAAAGAGUCCUCCCUUGUACUAUUCUCUGAGAACGAAGUCCCGACUAUUGGAACCAAUUUCGCGUUGUGUAAGGUGAGUGUUAUCACGUGAUCAACGUAAUAGAUUAGUCGAUAGAAUAAAUUCCGGUAGUGAAGCAAAGGACGCAAUAGUCUCCUUCGCAGCUGCUCGGUCGGAGUCACGCAAUGCUCGGCCUUCAGCCUCGGUGGAUAAAAUCCUCCAAGAUUUGCAUAAUUCUUUACAUCAUACGAAAGCCGAAUGCAAUAAUCAUUUUUAUUAUUAUUUGUUCAAGUUUACCUCCUCGAAGACUUUCUUCUAAACUUUGGCUUUUUAGUCAGGAUAUAAACAGAUAAGUUUUUGUUUUUUUGUCUUGUCUUACCCAAUCAGAAGCAGAGAAAUACUUUGAAUGAAUAAUAAUAUAUUUUAGCCUCAUUAUCGACUACUUAUUCUCCAUACUCAGUUCAAUGCGAAGAAGGUUAUCUGUAUUAUUUGUAAUAAUUGUUUCGGAUCCUUGAUAAGAACAGUUCUUGAACAUCUCAAACUUAUUUUUAUAGUAGUUGUGGUACUAUAACACGAAAUUAUACUUAUGAUAGUUAUUCCCCUGGUAGAAUGUUACUUUUACGAAGCCAUUUUACACGCCACCAGUGGUGCUAACAACUGUAACCAAUUAUGGAAGUAACCGUUCCAACAGAGCGUGCGCAGUCAAAGGUCCUUUAAUGAGCUGGAUUGAGGUAGGUGACUUUUCUAUUGACCAUACGUUAACUGAUUCAUAUAUAGUAACGAAUGAGAGGGGGGGGUCACUUCGGAUUUCUAGUGACGGGCAUGAUCGAAGGAUUUUGGGGGGUUUGAAAUUUUCGAUUCGGGGAUUUUUUUGGGUCAGACCAUUUUGUGAAUAUAUUUUGGGUGGCUUGUUUUAAGCAGGGGCUUUUUUGGGUAUUCAAAAAAAUCUGAAGAUUCGUAGUAGUGCCCGAGUAUCCCAGCCGGGGGGCUUUCUUGGAAGCCGUUGGGAUCUUUUUGGAGUUUUAUUUUAGCAGCCAUUCGAUCAUCCCCGUCGCUUGAAAUCGGGAGUAAUUUCCUCCCCCCCCUCCCCUGGGAGUUUAGAACAUAUUUUUAUUAUUUAGUGCAUGGCUAAGUCUGAUCUGUACGCGACUGCAAGUACUCUUAAGCUCCAACCCUAAAUUUACAAAACAGUAACAACCGAAUAUUGAGUAAAGCAUGUUUACUUUGUUUAUUUCAAAGGAGGUGACUAAAACUCUCUUUCGAGUGUGCAUCAAAGACUUCGCGGGAUACGAUGGUCAGAGAAGCGAUGCAGCCGUGGACUACUUGGUUAUCGGAGGUGACAUAGGCCGUACAAUUUUUUAUUUCUAUGACUCCCAAAUGUUUCAUUCAUGGCGCCUCUGAAAAAUACUUCAUCUAAAAAUUAACUAACCAACGAGUGGAUUUCUUUAGGUGUCCAUUUAUUAGUUACUCUUCUCCCUUCAGAAAAGCAGGUUUGUACAACUGAACUCCCCGUCACUAAUCGUGUAUUGAAACUUUCUCACAUGUGACUGAUAAUCAACCGACUGAAUAACGCUGGAUUGUACUCUUUUUCAGUCGUCACCAUAUUAUAUCGUGUAGCCAUGAGCGUGGAAUGUGAUAACAAAAUUAAAAAAACACACUUGUGUCAGUCUUUAGACCCAGUACGCUAUCUAGCAUCUAUAAUAUUCUACCCCAGUUCCCAAAUUUUUAAUUUUUCUCUUAGAUAUUGACCCAUGUUACAAUGCCAGCUGUAAGUACUACAGUCACUGCCAAGCCUCUUCUGCACAACAGUAUUCAUGCGUUUGUGAAAGCAGCUGCCCGUCGUAUGAUGAACAGGUGUGCGCUUCUAACGGUCGCACCUUCAACAAUCUGUGCUCACUAAAGAAAGAGAUUUGUGAAACGCAAGGAAACUACUCUCAGUAUCAUCCUGGUAGUUGUAGAGGUAUUUGAGUUCAGUUUAAUUUUAAUAACGAAGUUCCUUAUUUAGGGUAACAUUUUGUGUUGUCUUCGAUUUUUCUUCUAUUCGCUUUCACUUUUUUUUUCAAUAUUUGUAUUUUUCAUAGGAUUUCCAAUGCAAAAGGGAAGGCAUGAGUUCCAAAAUCUUCCAUCGUGGGCAGAGGAUCAGUGUGAGGCCAUUCAAUUUCAGCCAUACAUAUUUUACCCCCACCAGAAAAUCCAUAUUCAGCUCACUGUUAACCAUGUCAACUACACUGAUGCUGCAUUUGUACACGAGGCUGUUAUACCUUGGGUUGAAAGUGUCAACAGCACUCAGUUUACCGCCUGUGUUACUCGAGCAGGAAGGAAUGACAACCCUGCAGAUAGCUUUGCCACUGUUGAUUGGAUCGCCUACCAAGGGGCUCCCCCUGGGGGUGUGGCCGGGGAGGAAAAGUUUCCUCGAUGGUGGACUGGAACUAGUUGUCAGACGGUGACAUUGCCAAACGUAGGUGGACGCAAGGGAAAUUAAAUUUUUUAAAAAAACCUAGCAGGGUUAAGGCACGCUCAGAAGGAGCUAAUGUCAUCGGAAAAAUUGGGCUUACUAUCGGCUGAUUAAUUUUCACUGAUACCAUCAAUCCCUCAGGGUUUAAUACUUUCAAUAAUGAAUUAGUGGGUUACUUUUUACGGCAUACGAAGCAACAAAUAAAAUUUGUAUAAAAUUAAUUGUAUUAUCCGUUAAAACUUGCCAAUAUGAAUGAAAUUCCUGGUUUUGGAUUCAACAUGCCAUUCAAGAUCACAAGUAUUGACUCUAAACAAUGGGCAACCAAUCUUGAGAAACGAUCCUAACACCCCGUUAGCAACUGUUUUUGAAAAGAGGGAUUUAUUUUGUUGCUCAUACAUUCCAUAAAAAAUUCAAAUUCCAACGAACUCCUGUAGAACCUGAGCUACCUGUGAUAAAUAAAGUUGUAGGGUAAGUGGUCAGAGUUUACUGAUAUUUCAAUAUCUGCCGAUGAAAACGUGUCAACAGUGAUUAUGAUUUUUUCUCAAGGGAAAGUACACUACUUCGCCAACCAUAUUCGUAACAGCAGAACAUCACAGAGCACAUCUGAGACACGAUGCCGCCACCGUCUGGCUUGAAGAUGCGUCCGCAAGAUCUUUCAAGAUUUGUAUCCGAGAACUUCAAAACUUUGCCGGAGUUCAUGACGACAUUUCUGUGGUAAGCUUAUAUUGGCAUGCAAGUCAUUGGACAAGUACUAGAUUACUCUACUGUACAUAUUUUUUUUUCUCCCAUUUUACAUUUGCAAUUUUUUAAAGUCUGCAGUGCAGAGUAGCACAGUAUUAAUACCUGCAAGCGUCCUUUUUUAUUUUAAAGUAGAGGAACAUUGGGGACAACAAAAUGCUACCCUAUUUCACCUUUAGUUAGUGCACCGCAUCGUAAGCGACCUCUACUGGGCUGCCCCCGGAGGGUACUCCCUAUAAUGCCCUAUACGGGGAGACUCCGCCCGAAAGGGGUACCAUUUUCAGGCUUCAGCUAUAUGAAAGGGUAGGAAAAUCUAUCAGGAAAAAGGUCCAAAAGGACUAACAGAUGCAAUUUAUGGCUGUGAGAAAGUCGAGAAAACGUUCUGGUUUUGUAAUUUAUGCAUAUUUAAAGACAGUACAUUCAAAGCAGUUAAAAGGGAUGCAAAGUUCUUAUCUAGAAACGUGAAAGGCUUUUCUCUCAAAAAUGGUACAUAAAGGGGUGAGGGGUUGGACCUCGAGGCGGGACUCCGCGUACAAAACUCUGUUGAGCAAGCCCUCCCCCCCGGGUGCACUGCCCCCCCCCCCCUCUCUCUCCCUUCCUUCCUCUCUCUCUCUCUCUACCCACCCUCAGACAUUUUUUAAUUUCUUUUUUGUUGUUUCAUUGCAGAACUGGCUGGCGUUUGAGUCAAUUCAUAGGCCCCUAUUCUCAGAGCAUAAUGAUGUAAAUUUUCAAAACAGGAAUGUACCCUCGAAACGUAAUAAUUUCGCUUUCUGCAAGGUAUGUAAUAAAUUCCUCCCCGUAGCAAACAGGACUAACGGGGAUAAGUUUGGGGAAAAAAAGACGAAAAAUCCUGUUCAACGUCCAUGCCAGUCGUUUCUUCAAAACAGUUCGUGGAGACUCGAGCAAUUAAAUGUUAUAUCCUUUUCGGUGAUAAUGUUUUGAAUUGAUAAAAAAGAGAGAGAAUAAAGUUCGAUGUGAUGGGCUCCUGUCGAUGUUCAUUCCAUGUAUUCAAACGUUUUUGAGAAAAUACUAAAAGAAACAAAUUGAAAUGCAAUUUAAAGUUUCUUUUUUAUAUCUAUGACAGGAUGUGAGUUUCGUACGAGGUUACAACAAUUUUCCAACAGUGCUGCUAACAGCCAAACAUUCUAGCGGUGGAGGAAAUGCGGCCCCAGAAUGCAACGGAAUUGUCAGCUGGGUUGAGGUCAAUAUUCUAUAAUGUGCUACCACAGGCAGACCAUCCGAACUGUUCGAGUUAGCCCAGAGUGUCAGUCACUACGCUCGCCUUCGUUCCUCCAGUCAAAAGUUGAAAUACUGUAAAGAAAAAAAAAAUAAUAAUUAAAAAAUAAAAAGAUGAAAGAAAGAAUGGUGAAUUAUUUUUUCUUACCGUUUGUUUUUAGUACCGUCUUCUGCCUUUUGGUGGCCAGUUUUGAGUCGCUUGAAAUUAGCGCCCCAAAUAACGUUUUUCGUUGUCUUAUGUAUCUUGUCGGGGCGCCAACUUCAAACCAAUGCAAACGACUCAAAACGCCACCUAAAUCCAAAAGACCACACUAAAAGCAAAAGAUAAGUAAACUUUAUUCAUCUUUCUUGUACAUCAUAUCAUCAUUGAGGACUAAAGGGUGCAGCAUUGUGUAUUUUAUUCUCACAUGAUUUCUCCCGAUCAUUUGAAUCAAUCCGAGAACGGUCGUUAUCAAAUACAGUAAAUCUCUGAGGUUAUAUAUCUCGCAUGGUGACAACACGCUGCCUCGAGCAGUUCCGAUCAGACACGGUCUGCUUCCAUUGCUACCUUAGACACCUUAGAAUAUCGCUACAAGCCAUCGCGUGCAUACUCAUAAUACAGACUGAGUAACUAAAUGUAUUACGUAACCAAACAUUAACUACCGUCCGGUUAGCUCUAUUAGGAAAGCCCUUGACUACUGACUGUGAGUUCGUGCACCCAGUGCGUUGGUGUCUACAAAAACUUGGUGUCUAUGAUUCGUAGUAUUCCGUUAACAGGAGGGAAGGGGGGGAUUGUUAGCAGGCUCGCCUGUUUACAGUCGCGCUACUGUGUUAAAGAAACGUAGUACUCGUACUCUAAUAAUAAUGAUCUAAUGAGUUGGUCGAGAAGUGAUGCAUUUUCAAUCUCAGUCUCCUUCUGAAUAACAAUCUGCCCUUUUCUUGUCAUGGAAAAAAUACAUUUAUUAAUUUAUGAAAACAUUCCUUUCACAAACUUUUAUCUUUUCCUUGACUUUAAGUUUAUCAACAACUCUGGAUUUCGAAUUUGCGUCAAAGAACUCUUUGUUCAGCAGUUUGAUCCACUGACUGUAUCAUAUGCAGUAUUGGCAGGUAUAAUGAGAUCCAUUGCAUUCAGUAUAACAAUUAAAUAUUGAAUAAAAACUCCUCCUAUAUUGGCCAAGUAUUACUGACAAAAGCAGUGAAGGUGUACUUUCUUCAGUAAGUUAUUAUGCUUAAGUGUUAUUAGCCAGCGAUUUUACUUGACAAUCGAAGUCAAUAUUAAAGCAGAAUCAUCAUGUGAAAGCUAAGCCACGUUUAGAGGAAUUAUUUUGAAUUCUUGAUUUGGAAUUAAUGAUUAAAAUGAGGAAACAAUUUCCCUGGAUGGUUCUCAAAAACAACGAAAAACCGAUACUAUUUGACGUCCUUAAUUGCAAAAAUUUGUCUCCUUAUGGGAAUUAAAAUGAUACUUUCUGCCACUAAUUCGUUUAUUUUGGUAAUUAAGCUAAGUGGGGCGCGGUUUGGUCUGAAAUCAUGCGCUUAAUCUCAAAAUAAAACAGCGAGUGAACACGAGUUCGAUUUGAAAUCACAAGACCGUAUGGUUUCAGACCUAAAUUGCACGACACGAGUUUGAAUAAUCACCGAUUUUGAAAUCAGGAAAUAUUUGAAUCCUGCAUUAGGGUUAUUAAAUUAGAUUAAAUUUAUACAGGAUUUUAGUCGGUACCAAUAUUUUAUUAAACUAAACAGAAAUGAUGCGAUUUAGAGCAUCAUGGUACAAAUUAGAAAUAAUGCGAUUUAGAACCAAAAGCGAAGUGGUAUAGAUCAGAACUGCUUUUUUGAACAAAAAUGAUGUAUUUAGUACAGAUGUGUUUUAAAGUAUAAAACAUAGUGUGAUUGAUUCGUGAAUAUCUCACACUGCUGGUAGCCAAUCAGACUGAAAGGAUCCAAGGCAAUUUCAAAAUGGAUGUAAUAAAUUCGAUUACUAUUUUACAGACAUAUGUCCCAGCGACUGGACCUACUUUGAAGGAUACUGUUACAGAAAAGUGUCUUCCUGUGAUUCGUGGAGCGGUAGUCAAGGAAAGUGUUCAGUUCUGGGUGCUAAUCUUCCCAGUAUCCACAAUCAGGAAGAAAAUGUCUAUGUUCAAAACCUCCAUGGAGGGGAGCAUUCUUGGUUGGGCCUCACUGAUAUCAACUCUGAAGGAACGUUUGUUUGGAGUGAUGGAACUUCUUUUAACUUCCAUUACUGGGCAAGCCACCAACCAAACAACUUCAGAAACGAAGACUGUGUCCAUACCCUUGGGUUUCUCCGUGGUCACGAGUACAAGUGGAAUGAUGUCAAUUGCUCUGACUGUCACAAGUUCACUUGCAAGAAAGGUGCCCCCUUAACUAUGUAGCAAAUUAUAAUGCAAUAACCAGCCAAGCAAUUCGUGAACAAAACGACUUUAUCGGUCAAAAAUGUUGUGCAGCUGCAAACUGUAGAAACCGAUUGGAAGCAACUGACCAAUCAUGUCUCUUGCAUUUCAGUCAUUAUAGUUCGCAUCUAUGACCUACAGUAUCUGUUAUGUUCCUUCUAAAAUUGAUUGCCUUGAAUUUUUCCGUAUUCCAUUUUUGCUUUCUGCGUCCAUCGUCAUGCGUUUUUCAUAGCCGGAAUAGAUCAAGAAAGGACUAACUGGGGUUUACUUACAGUGUGCAUGCAAAUUCUUCUUCUUCUUCUUUUUUUUUGUUCUGGAAUCGGUGUACCUAGCAUCGAGGAUUUCCGCAACUAAGGUAACAACCAGUAACAGUUAGAUUACUUACUGAAAGAUUAUUUCUUUAAUGGUAGUGCUGUUUAUUUCAAAUUGAUUCAAUUCAGAUUAUAACGAGUGUCAAGGCUUCUCGUACGACUGUCCAGUGAACGCCACCUGCGUGAACAAUGAUGGUUCUUACACAUGUCGAUGUCCCUCUGGAUAUCGUUUUAGUGGAAAGAACUGUACAGGUGAGUAGCUUUAAAUACCUUAAAUAUCUAUUAGAUGAAAAUGACAAAAACAGCGAAUUAAGAACCCAUGUAGUUAAUUUCAGAAAUUUUGACAUUGUAAGGCAAUUAAGUCUAUCAUAAUGUGUAGAGAUUAACAGCACCAUGGACAUGUCCUUAUAUUAUACACGCAGUCUUCCUCACAGAAGAUUUCUCAAUUCCUUUAUCAGAGAUUACAAAUCCGUGGAUAGGCGCGUGACCUAAGUCAACGUUCAGUUAUUGGCAUUUAUUCUAGAAGGAGGUAUUUGAAACAAGGAAACUACAAUUUGUUUUGGGUUCCGGAGACUCCUGCGUCAAAUUUUAAUCAGCUGUGAGUUAUCGCGGUUAAGAGCCGGUCAAGGGACGGUUGUGUUUGUAGCCUCCGAGAACACGUUAGCAAGGGGUUGUCAUGAUGAAUCUUUAAAUGUAAAUAGCUACCAAAUCGCGCGCUUUCCAGUGGUUCGGUUUCGGUUUAGGAAAAAGACUGUGUUAUCACUAGUAUUGCGACUAUUUUACCUUUUCUUGUGAGUAAAACUACUGCUGUAAAGACACCAUACAAUUAAAAAAAAUCUUAUUGUGCCACGUCCUUGAAAGCGUGGACUCGGAUGCAAAACGUCUUGAGAAGAAUCAUCCCUCAAACCCGUUUCUUAUACAGAUGUGAACGAGUGUCAAACAGGAUCAUACUCUUGCCAUGCUCAGGCUCAGUGUGUCAAUGUUCCUGGCUCCUAUUCUUGCAAAUGUUUACCAGGCUACACCGGUGAUGGAAAAAGCAAAUGUGAAGGUACAUAUUUCCAAAUUCAAUAAAUAUAAAAGACUGCUAUAUUCAUCAAGUCAAUGUAUUUAAGGUACUGGCCAUAAGUAUAGGGAGGUGUGCCGGGGACAGAGAGGUGGUGGGUCAUCCGUUUUUUAAUCCUUUGUAAGGGGUGGGUCGAUCAAUUUUCAGUUGACCUUUAGGGGUGCAAAUAUAUAAUUGAUACUAAUGAGAUAGUUUGGCCACAGUAAGUAUAUAGAAUAAAGCAAUCUGAAAUAAUUGCCUUGAAAAUUUAAUCUUAAACAUCUUCUGUCUUUUUAAAAGACAAUUUUAAUGCAAUGAAAGGUGUGAUGUUUGGAUUUUACAUUUCAUUGCUGUUUAACAUUCCCCUAGCUUAACGUCUCGGACGUACAAGGAGGGCGUGGGGGAGGUGGUUGCCAACGCCCUCUGUGGGUUUGUUUUAUGCGCCCCCUAGGGCUUACAAAACAAACCAACUGCGUGACUGACAAGCCAAGCGAACGACUUCGUAAUGCAAGAGAGAAACCUCUGCUCGCAGUGUAAUCAUUAUAUAAACAAGAACGGAGAACAUUUUAUAUUUUAAUUUUUGCAUAUUUGUUUACUUUUGUUUUGUGAUAGUGAAAAAGGGAGUCACCACUUCCAUCUUAUUUGAUAUGCGUGUACUUGUUCAUUUUCUUUUCUCUCUAGCUGGUAGGCUAGGCUUUCCAGUAAUAUUUAACCAGUCACUAACACAAAUGGUGUCUCCAGAGGAGACGAGAGAAGCAUUUUCAUUUAAUUCUACGUGCUCGCCCCACUGGCAGCCGAAGCUCAUAAUGAGAGUUUAAUAAUUAAUACGCAGCAUCAUUUUGUGUAGUCCUUGAAGUGACUGUUGACAUGAAGGAUUUGUAUUUGAGUCCAGGUAAUAAACUCAAGAAUUUAAUUACUCGCUGGAACUUCCAGUAAAAAACGCUUUACCUUGUUUACUUGGUUUGUUUUUGCUUGCUGUGUGGUUAUUUUCCGAUCCGCUUCAAUUUAAGCGAUUUCCUUUACCAGAGUUUUCCGACUACUAAAGAGAGGACUGCUUGCGCCCAUCACGCGGGUAGGAGAGAACCCUGGGAACGAGGUUGAGUGAUGGGCGCAAGAAGAAGGCUAUCUGAGCUUGGGCUGCCUGUGGUCAUCCGGGUCACGUAAAGAUCUAGUCGUUUGCAAGGCAAAUAUAUCACGUGAAGAGCUAACUGUUUGUGGGCUACGCAAGAUCUAAAACGCAACAGCCUCAAAAGCCACAAAUUCAAUAAUUGACCGCCGAUGUUAUAAAGCUGGAAGCACUCAGAUUUAAUACAAAUUGAUCACAAAUGUAAGUAAGUCCUCAAAUGCAAUGGGAGCCAUAUUUACUGCAUUGCCCUAGACUGAGCGCAGCCCGCUAUCCAGUAGCCAAACGGAACGUGAUGAUGCGCCCUGAUGGUGCUCUUUUGAAUAAAUAAAAUAUCUUGCCGCAUUUAAUGGCAAAGGGCGGCAUUUCACUGCAACACUUCGGAGCUUAUUUAUUCAUUCUUUUAAAAUUGUUUUUCAACAUUUAUAAAUCUUGUUUCUGAUCAUUUCUGCUGAUGUCUGGAAGGGACAUAAACCUUUAAACCAACCUUUUAUUGCUUACUACAGUUUUUCCCAAAAAAGGAAGUUUCAAGUAAGCUAGGCAUUAACAAUGAAUAUUAGAUACGGUAGGUUUUUUUACCCAACUGUAAUCUUUUCAAAAAUCAACUGUCAUUACUUGAGGGCUUUAUUACAAUUGACAUCAAUAAUCACAUAACUGGCUUUUUCAGCCCUCUCUAUAGACAGGCGAUCUACCAACAGCCCUAACCCCUCCAUCAACUGUUGAUGUCGAUACACAUGUUUUAAAUCACAUUUGCUUUUGCCUUACACUUUUGUAACAGUUCCUACAAUGACGGCGACAAGCUCCUGCUCUAAUCUUCUUGUGCCUGACGCCAGCAAACCAAGCGGUACGAUUUACUCAACUCAUAGCGGCUCGACAUAUAGUGAUAACAUGGAUUGCCGAUGGAGUCUAACUUCGAAUGCAGUGAUUGAACUUUUGUUCUCCGAUUUCGCCACCGAAUCGUCGGCAGACUAUGUAAGUGUGUACGAUGGUGACUCGACCUCCGCGCCUCUGAUUGGCCAAUUCAGUGGAAGCUCCCUCCCAGCGCCUAUCACAAGUUCGUCCACCAAGCUAUAUGUGCGGUUUACAUCUGAUGGCUCCGUGGUGUAUAGAGGAUUUACCGCGCGUUAUCGAGGUAUUUUCAUUCGCAGACAAGAUGAAUAGAAAAAGCGCUGUAAUCUUUACUAGCGGGGUUCCUGGUUAGACCAUCCCAGGCUUACACAUGAAAAAGUAACAGAAGUCUAACAAUAUUUAGUUUCGGUUCAACCUUGUGCGUAAAAUUAGACUUUGACUUAAAAUCUGGCUGCAGUUUUGAAAAUGUUAGCCAUGCAAAAAAAAAACUACCUCUAAAGUAGCCAAUAUAUAAGCUUAGGGUGCUACCAUUGCUUUUUUUCGGAUCUCUUCUCCUUCUUUGUUUCUCCUCGCUCUUGCUAUUCUCAAGUAGAUUUAUUGGCUAUUACUUCGGUAAAGAGGAUUGAGGGGUAUCAAAAUUUGGUACCCAUAAAAAAACUCAUCGUCUUUAACAUAAAGUAUAAAUGUUGUGUUGAUAAGUCACGUGAUACGUGAUAGGUCCCGUGACCAUUUUUUUUUUCUAAAAAUCUUAAGUAAUUGACAACUUGGUAAUGGGUUUAGGGAAAGAAAUCAAGCAAUAACAUUUUUCUCAUUCAUAUUAAACACUUCUAACACUUCGCGUUCGUUUGGAAUGAUUGGCCAUUGCACUUAAAUUAAAAAAAAAAAAAAAUAAGAAGUAAAACAUCAUUUUUAAUGCCCAAAAUUAAUCCUUAAUUCUUAAAACUUUAAUUUUAAGCUUUGCGUACAAGUAAGGUAUGUUUACCCUCUACCAGAAACGCCAAUUUAUUUAUCCAGACAAAUUAAUUUCCUUUGUAAUUCGCCAAUUUCCUCCAUUUUUAAUUUUUGGUCGCAAGACAUUUCAUAUUACCAUAAUUUUAAGGCGCAAGAAGACCUCAAGAGUUACCUUUGGGGAAAAAUUUCAUUCUGUUCUAGGUAUACUAGAGAGAGAUAUUGCCAAUCGAUCGAGCACAUCUUUGACCCAGACCUCAAACCCUCGAGUUUUUCCUUUUCCUCUUCUUCUUUAGUAUGAUAUUCUGCCUUAUCGGUCGCUUUUAGGCCCUUUUUCGUGACUGCAAAUCUUGCUAGGUUCGUUUUCAAAAAUUCCGCUAGAUAUGUAAAACAGGAAUAGCUAAAUAUGUUUGGAAUGUAAGUCCAGAUACCCUGAUUCAGGAGAGAACACUCAGGGACAUGCCAACAAGUCGACCUGAGCGGCAAAAGUUCCCCUUCCCUCCCCCCGACCUUUGGCACCACCAAAACGGACUUUUAGAAGAGUGUGCAAUAUAAAAAAAAAUAUAUGGUUUAAAAUUGUAGACUCACUUUACCUUUUAUUUGAACGCUAGCUGUGACAUCCGGUUCAGUUCGUCUCAAGGAUGGCAUCCCAUCGGCUGGAAGAGUUGAAGUCUUCUAUGAUGGUCAGUGGGGAACAGUUUGCGAUGACGCUUGGGACAUAAAUGACGCUAACGUGGUCUGCAGACAGCUGGGUUUCUCGCAGUUAGCCAGUCAGGCUCGGGGCAGCGCCUAUUAUGGUCAGGGCUCUGGUCCCAUAUGGAUAGAUGUCGUGGCCUGCUCAGGUAGCGAAUCACAUAUCUACGAUUGCAGACACCGUGGAUGGGGAAACAAUGACUGUACACACAGCAGAGAUGCCAGUGUGCAGUGUUCCUAUGAUUCUGCUAACAUUCGUUUGGUGAAUGGCGGUGUUAAUUAUGGCCGAGUUGAAGUUUAUAACAACGGCCUAUGGGGCACAGUGUGUGAUGAUCUCUGGGAUAUCAAUGACGCUCAUGUGGUUUGCCGUCAGCUUGGUUUCCCCAGUGCGUCUUCGGCACCUCAUAGUGCACGGUAUGGCCAAGGAUCUGGCACUAUCUGGAUGGAUGACGUCCAGUGCAGUGGAACAGAGACUUCAUUGUUUCACUGCACACAUGCUGGCUGGGGAAGAAACUGUUGCUGUAGCCAUAGCGAGGAUGCAAGCGUGGUCUGUAACACUUAA